UUUUUUACGCCCAAUUUAAUUUCCUCCUCCUCUCUGUCUCUCUCUCUCUCUCUCUCCCUCUCCAUCCUCCUCUCCAUACUUUCCCUUUCGCCUCCCUCCUUCCUCCCGUGUUUCCCCUCCACUUCCGUCUCAUCUUCUCCGCGUCCCCUUGGCUACUGAGGCUGUUUGGCUCAUAGCUGUCUGUACAUUCUUGUACCACGAUUGUCAUUUCAAUCUUCUGGGUUCCCGUUGAUUCGGUCACUUGAUUCACUACUGUUUAUCCUGCGUCUGCCGUUGACCCUAUAAUAAUUCCUACCUCACGUUGUCAAUCUGGCUUUUCACCCGUCGUAAUACCCCGUCGUUUUUCCAGUUUACACAAUGGGCCUCGCUUCGAACAUCUUCUACUACACCUUUCACCCCUCAGAAUUGAGGUCGAUAGUGCAAUGGAAAGUCUGGCACUCACCCGUUCACGAACGCAAUGAGAAGGACGAGACCGAAACCCAGAAGGCCUGCUUCAAGUUCCUCGACUUGACCAGUCGCAGUUUCAGCGCCGUCAUCAAGGAGUUACAUCCCGAGUUGCUGCUGCCGGUCUGCAUUUUCUAUCUGGUCCUGCGCGGCUUGGACACCAUCGAAGAUGACACCUCGAUUCCCCUGGAGACCAAGGAGCCUCUCCUCCGCGGCUUCAAGGAUUUCCUCGAGCAGGAUGGCUGGACCUUCACCGGCAACCGCCCCGAGGAGAAGGACCGUGAGCUGCUGGUUCAGUUUCACAACGUCAUCACUGAGUUCAAGAACAUGAAGCCGGCCUAUCAGGCGAUCGUGAAGGACAUCACCGACAAGAUGGGCAACGGCAUGGCCGACUACUGCCGGAAAGCGGAAUUCGAGGACACCAGCGUCAAGACCACGGCCGAGUACGAUGAAUACUGCUGGUACGUGGCUGGCCUGGUGGGAGAAGGCUUGACGCGUCUGUUUGUCGAAGCCGAGUUUGCCAACCCGGCUCUCUUGGAGCGCACCCGUCUGCACAAGUCAAUGGGUCUUUUCCUGCAGAAGACCAACAUCAUCCGUGACGUCCGAGAGGACAAUGAUGAUAAGCGUCGCUUCUGGCCCAAAGAAAUUUGGUCGAAGCACGUCACUGACUUUGAUGAUCUGUUCAAGCCAGAGCAUCGUGAGGCAGCGCUUAAUUGCGGCUCCGAGAUGGUCUUGAACGCAUUGAAACAUGUGGAAGACUGCCUGUUCUAUCUGGCUGGUCUCCGGGAGCAGAGUAUCUUCAACUUCUGUGCCAUCCCGCAGGCUAUGGCUAUUGCCACCCUGGAGCUGUGCUUCCGCAACCCGGCGAUUUUCGAAAGAAACAUCAAGAUCACUAAGGGUGAGGCGUGCAAGCUCAUGUUCGAAUCCACCCAGAACCUGCGGGUGCUGAGUGACACUUUCCGUGUCUACGCCCGACGGAUCCACAAGAAGAACACUCCGAAGGAUCCCAACUUCAUGAAGAUCAGUCUGGUCUGCGGACGGAUUGAGAAGUGGAUUGAGACGAUCUUCCCUACUCAGUCGGCUGAGGUGGCCAAGCGUCGCAUCACCGGCGAGAUGACUGAGGCGGAGCGGAAGAAGAGAGAGGAGGAGGCUGACACGCGCCAGGAUGUGUGCUUUAUGAUGGGCCUCAUGUUGGUAAUUGUGGUCAUCGUCUCGGUUGUUAUGGUAUGGGGUAUAUUUGCACUAUUGUUUGACGAUAGAAGUCAAGAUCUGGUCCAACUUGUCGUUCAUGCUUCGAACUCCUUUUUCAGGCUUGCCAUCUCGUGUUCUGUGUCCAUAUCUAAAUGGUGUGCUCCUUAUCGACGGAUAGCCACCAUGCCGCCUGCUGCGCAACCUACCCCCGAUUCUGCUGCGGGAGCGGAAGCGAAGGAGGAGGAGGCAGCCCUCCCGCCGCUCUCCGCUAAGGAGUUUCGGGUCUACAAUCGGUUGGCGGAGCAUAUGGAUCAGUUUCACACCCACUUCCGCCAAACCUACGCAGCGCUCACAACGGCAUGCGACCCCACCAAAAAGUCAAAACUGCCCCCCAAAGCCCUCAUCACGCUGGGCCUCGAAUUCUGCCACCACCUCACGAUGCACCACACCAUCGAGGAGCGGCACAUCUUCCCCGUGCUGGCGCGCCGGAUGCCCGAGUUCCGGCGCGAGCUGAGUCUCAUCUCCCAGCAUAAGGUGAUCCACAAGGGGAUGGAUGCGUUGGAGGCGUAUCUGGAGGGGUGUCGGCGGGGCGAGCUGGACUUGGAGCGGGGGGAGGUGAGGCGGUUGUUGGAGGGGUUUGGGGGGGUGUUGUUUGAGCACCUCGAUGAAGAGGUGGAGGCCUUGCGGGCGGAGAAUAUGAGGCGGUAUUGGAGUGAGAGGGAGAUGGGGGGGUUGCCGAUGUGA